AUGCAUUUAGGGAUCAUUUUGUUGUCAGCCCUGCUCCUCCUUUCUCCGUGCUAUGCACAAGAUCCCUUCGCUUGGCUGUAUAGCCGCCGGAGCUCCAUUCAGGCGGACAACACGGGCGGAGAGUGCCCCGCCGAGUGCGACUGUCCCCCGACUUUUUCCAUCGCCAUGUACUGCGAUGGACGGGGCCUGACAGCCAUGCCUACCAUUCCUUCCCGAAUGAAGUACCUGUAUCUCCAAAAUAAUGCCAUCGCGUCCAUAUCAGACUCUGCUCUAGUCAAUGGAAGCAAUCUUGUGUGGCUUAUGAUGCAUCACAACCAACUUACAUCGGAUGCCAUUAGCGAGAAGGCUUUUCUAAAGUUAGAAAAACUGGAGCGUUUUUAUUUACAACACAACAAUUUGAGCAGAGUUCCCUCUAACGUUCCUCGCACCCUCCGAGACCUGAGGAUCAACCAUAACAACAUUGAAAAGGUAACACCUUCAGACUUGGAAGGAAUGGAUAACCUGACAAUCCUGCAUCUCCAUGACAACGCUAUCACAGACGUGGGUGCGUCACUGAAGUCCCUGACAUCCCUUACACUUUUGGAUAUCAGCAACAACAAAUUGACAAAAGUGCCAGAGGCGCUCCCAGGACAACUACACCAACUCUACUUGGAUUCCAACUCCAUUGCGUCCCUGCCUGAAGGCUUCUUUGCCAAUUUGGCACAGCUGCAGUAUCUGCGGAUGGCCAGCAACCAGCUCACAGACAAGAGCCUCCCGUCCAAUAUCUUUAACGUGACGGGACUGGUGGAGCUGGACCUGAGCUUCAACAAGCUGGAGAGAAUCCCUCCCGUUAGCACCGCUCUGCAGCAUCUAUAUCUCCAAGCCAAUCACAUAAAAGAGUUCACUUUGGGGAGUUUUUGUCCCAUUGUGGAUGUCAGCAACUUCUCCAAGCUGGAAAGUCUGCGUCUGGAGGGGAACGCCAUCAGUCAACAGGACAUCCCAUCAGAUUGGUCGCUCUGCCUGCGUUUUGCCUCCAGCGUCGACAUUUAA